AGUGGGUCUGUUCUGGGACGCAUCCACCACCACGACCCGCGGGUCCCCACUGCCCUGGUGGGCGCGGCGGACCAGCAGGCCGGCGUGUGCAGCCUGCAGUGGUCCCCCGGAGAGGACCGGCUGGCCAGCGGCUCCAAGGACGGCCGUCUCUCCGUCUGGGACGGGGACGUCGCGGCGGCGGCGGCGGGCCAGACGGCCAAGCCGCUGCGACCUCCCCUGGUGACGAUGAAGCAGCCCAGCGCCGUCAAGGCGAUGGGAUGGUGUCCGUGGCAACGGCAUGUGAUUGCUACAGGAGGAGGCUGGCGGGACGGAGAGCUGAGAAUAUGGGACGCCCAAUCAGCCUCAUGCGUCAACUCUUACGCAACAAACUCCCAGAUCUGUUCCCUGCUGUGGGCGGAGGAGAAGAGGUCACUGGUGUGUGGUCACGGUCUCCCCCACCACAACAUCAGCUGCUGGGCUGCUGACAAUCCAACCUCCCUGGACAGGAGCCACCAGCUGAAAGGUAGGGAAAUCCUGGUCCGUGUUCCGAUCGACAGCCCAGACCCACUAAUGGUUUGUUUCAGGGUCCUAGUUGGACAUUUGGUGGAUGAGACCUCUUCUGAGGUAAGGUAUCCAAAACUCAGUGAGGAAUCAAAAAACACACUUUUAUUGUUUGUUCUUCCAGGUCACACAGACCGAGUCCUGCACUUGGCCAUGAGUCCAGCCUCUGCUUCCAGGCUUUUCUCUGCCGGAGCAGACGAACGUGUUCACGUCUGGAGCCUGUAGACCUCCACUAGGCACACAGCUCUUCCCCUGAGGGGAGAGCUCACUGUCGAGGAGGCAGACCUCAAACUGCAUGGCACUACUGGGCCUUCUGUUGCACAAGUACUUUAUUAUUGGAGCUGACUUAACGAAACCAUACUUCCAAGUAUCGACUGCAACACUUGAAAGUAUAUCACAUGGAUACAAACUAAUUUGCAAAGGGCAUGCACAAGAUAAAGUGUAUGCCUCCCUGCUUUGGAACACAAGCAGGAAGGCUUAACUAAGAUAAUCUGUAUCAUGCUGUGGAAGAUGUGGAACCACAUGAACCAGACUGGAACAUGCAAAGUCUGACCAGAAGAACCUCUCUCGGGAGGUCCAAACCAAGAACCCAUGGUGCGGGCCUUGCAGAGCUCAUUUAUAGUGGAAGGGUUCUUUUUUUUGUGAUACGUUUUUUAUUUUAUGAAUUAUACAACAAACGGAUAGACAUAUAGAAAACAAUUAGGCAUAUGCGCAAAUAAGACAACAUACUACAUUUGACCUAAACAAAAAUAAGACAACAUACACCAAUAAGACAUAAACGCAAAUAAGACAACAUAUGACAUUAAACAGUUACACGUACACAAAUGAGACAACACACAGCAUUCAUCAACACGCACCCCCCCCCCCCUGACAAAUGGAUGCUAUUUAUUAUCUGUACAUAAACAAUUACGUGUGGUCAUAAGCGAUAAAGCAAUUUAUUUUGUUGUUUUGUAUUUUUUGUAAUGUUCUAAUUGUUCAAAAUAAACUCUGUACUCUCGUACUCGUAAAAUAAUGUGUGUUUGACGGGUGCUAUAUAAAUCAACCUGCCUUGCUAACGCUUGUCCUUGUCUUUCAUAGACCAGGAAAUGCCAUUUAGAAAAAAAAAAACCUACCGCAUGAUGUUGGUGUGAUAACAAAGGAUGUUUGUGUGCGUGUGUGUGUGUGUGUGUGUGUGUGUGUGUGUCUGUGUGUAUAGGUGCAUGUGUUUGUGAGUG